AUAGCUUCCUGUCUCGAUCGCGUCCUGUCAGCCUGAUUGUAGCCAUACUAGCUUCGAAGUCCCUCGUUUUAUUAUUAUCUCAGUAUAUUAAUAUUAUCAUAUUUCUAUAGUGUUUUUUUAUAAUUAUUGUUGAAAAUCAUGUUUAUCCGUUCAGUUAGUGAUUUUUGUAAUUCGAUUAUUGUGUGCUGUGUCUUUUUUUGUUUCUUCACUUGCUAGCUAUUAACGUUCUAACUAGUAAGGUGGCUAGCAAUUAGCCAACGCCUCCCUCCGCUACCAAUCAUGGCACUGUUUUACUCAGGACGCUUGUAAGAGCUGCCAUUGACGGAUGUACAUCGUCUGGCCAAGACAAGUAGCAAAGCACCGAACUCCAAGUUAAAAACAAGGAUUCAAACUUUGUGUCCAGUUACCUUUUCAACUAUGAAGCUUCGAACAGGGCCAAUGUGACAGGAGAGGUCAGCAUAAGGGUUUGCUGCUACAGGUCCAGGAGGAAAAAUGAGAAACCACACAGUUUGACUCUAGGGUAAAAAGUCAGGUGUUUGUGACACUAUAUGCAGGUUACACAGUCAGAGAUGAAGCCUAGUCUUAGACUAAGAAGUUCCUUUCAAUGGAGAUCUGCAUUAAGAGGCAUUGCUGAGUCUAGUAAUUGUUCAUUUCUCUUCCUUGCUGUUUAUGUAAGCUCUGUUAUGUUAAGACACAUUAGAUUACAUUUAAACAAGGACAUAUACCCUUAAUAGAAAAGUUUAAAUCCGUAUUGCUGUAAUGAAUUUAUUGGCUGUUGCAUGUUGCGCCAGUCAUUUCUGUUUGCUAGUCGUGACAUGUUGAGUGAUUUUAUAUCCCCACGUGGGUUGUACUGAACCCCUGUGUGCCAGUAACAAUGACACAACAUCACCACACAGUUGCAAUACUAUUCCAGUCUGCACAACAUCACCACACAGUUGCAUUACUAUUCCAGUCUGGGACGACUGGAACACCAGUCGUCCCACCUGUGCAUUGCUGCACAGAGGCCGAGCAGCAGUGGCGUAAGCCAAGGACUAUGGGUCUGCAACCUGGGCCCAAAGGCAAAAUGACCAUCACCAAGCCCACCAAAAAGCGCAUGGCAGAAGGAGGGAUUAGGUGGUUUCAAGUACAUUGUUUAGAUUGGCUAACCACAGAGGCUGCUUUGCGGAAGAACACUCUACAGCUCCCUUUUUGGAAUGCUCCCUGACCUCUCAGUUCUCCAGAUAGAAGAGGCAUACAAGAACUUUGACCCUCUAUCCAAGCCAUUGAUCUGCAGCAUGGGGAUGUCUGCUGAAAAGCUUUUAGUUGACUCCCAUUUUGGAAAGGUACAGGUGGGGAGCCUCCUGUCUUACCAGCAGCCUCCAAUCACAACAUGACCAUAGUUCACUAUAAGGAGACACCACCAUUCCCUUUACUGCCCCUGGGUGGCUACAGACUGGAGAGCAACUUUCAAGGCUGUACUUGUGCUCAAUGAAGAAGACCAGCUUCACAUAGUCUCUUCAGGGCCCCCUCAUCUGUGGGAAGGAGGGGGAGGCUGUGCUUCCCUGGCAUGAGUGCCCUUUAUCCAGCACAUAUUAAAGGGUCUCUUUUAGAGCAGGCUCCACAGACCAAAGAAAGGAAUGUUUAUACUGCAAUUGUGAGACUGACUAAGCGAAGGGGAAGAAUGAGCAGCCCAUGGAGAAAAGCUGUUUGCUUGUUGAAAGAGAGAGAGAGAGAUGAGGUGGGACUGAAAGACUGAUGCACUCAGAUUCACGGAUGGCUGGAGGGAGGGAGUUCCAGAGCCUAGGAGCAACCCUGGAAAAGGCCCUGUCACCAAAGCUCUGGAGCUUGGACCUGGGGAUGUCAAGGUGGCCUGCUGUGGUGGAACGGAGUGAGCUUGAAGGUUGGUGCGGCAGGUAGCCUAGCGGAUAGAGGCGAGCCAGUUCCAAUCCUAUGGACCACUGCCUGUCGUUCUGCCCUUGGGCAAGGCACUUAAUCCCCCACGGGAGAGGGAGGUCUUGACUUUGGCAAUGUUGCAGAGGUGGAAGAGGGUAGAGUCCAGGCUGACGCCAAGGUUACAUGCGUGAGAGGAGGGAGAGAGUGGUGUCGUCAAUGAGGUGUGAGGUAUGAUUGUAGCCUGGUGAGGAGGACCUGAUGGCUCACUGUGUCAAAAGCGGGAACUUAGAUGGAGAAGAAUCAGGAUGGGCACCGGCAUCAGCAGAGGUGAGGAGGUCAUUGACAACUUUGCGGAGUGCAGUUUCAGCCCUGCGGAGGAGGCGGAAACCAGACUGGAAGGGCUCGAUUAGCAGUAGAUGGAGGCCAUGCUGCAAUGUCAGAUGAGAGGCAAGAGAAGGCUUACACUACAGUGGAGUGGAGCCCUGGGCCAGCUCCUCCCAUCAUCAGCACAGCCAAUGGACAUGUCAAGAGGGAAAGUGCCAAUAUUAUCCCUGAUGCUGUUGUGCGAACUCCCUUUCUGAGAUGUUUUGGACUGCUGGACUCAGUGAGGAGGGUUCUGGACCUGAGACCCAGUGAGACUGACAACCAGCAGCAGGUCCACAAUGCUCUUAAUGUGCUGGAGGACCAGUUGGAGGACCAGUGGAAGCCGAGGCAGGAUGAGCGCCCACCCAGCCCUGGUCACCUCUACGUGGGCAGCUUCUCCAAGGCCACCCCCUCAAAGUGCCUGCGGCUGUAUUGCUCUAGCUCUUCCACCACCCAACCUCAGAACCAGACCACACAAUCGUCCAUUGUCUUAUCCCGCAUCACCACAUCCUCAGUGUGUCCGCCUCUCACUGUGGCUGGCCUGCCUGUGGCCACACAGGCAGUCCGAACUCCCCACCGGCUCUUCAACCACUACACCACUGGCAACACCUCUGCAGGAAAGAGAGGCAGGGCCGGGUCUGUGGCUCUCCAUGCAUCCUCCAGGGUGACUGUGCUCAACACUACCACAGAGUCAGGGCUGGGGACCCCUCUACAGGUGCUUCAUCUAACCCAGGAGAGGGAGCAGGAGUCUGGGGACAUGGAGAGCCAGAGGCUAGGGAAGGAGAGGAUAGUACUUGUGCAGCAGGGGGUACUACUGGACACUCCAGAGAUUCAGACACACUAGGCUGGGAACAGUGGGGGUCUCAAUCAAUGAUGGAGAAAGAGGGGGAGGAGGAGGGGAGGAACAGGAGAAUGAAGGUACAGAAGGAACGGUUGCAUAAUGGCAAGAAGAGGGCAUUAAAAUAACAUAAAACCAAGUGAGAGAAGAGAGAACCGUAAUGAAAACAGUUAAAAGAAAAUAGAGUGAGCGAGCGUGUGUCCUUGUGGAAGAGAACAAGAAGGUGAACUUCGUCAUGUCAUGUAACUCCACACAGACAUUUCAGAUUUAUUUUAAUUUUUACGUACAGUACAUUUUCACAUGGUGUUUAUUACUGCAGUGCCCAUAGUACUUUAAUUACCCAUGGUCUUCAUCAUCAAGGACAUUGAAAUACUUAAUGAUUGGGGAGAGUAUGCUAAGUUGAGCCAUUUUUUUACAUUCAGUAUUACCCUGUUUUGGGAAAUAUCUUUGUUAGAAAGACUACAAUAUCUACAUAUAUUUCAGGAUGUUGUGCAUCCCUGGAAAUAAUCAGAAUCAUUAAAUAUUACAGUUAAGUGGGUAAGGUAAGUUAAGCUGCCUAUUUCUGUACUGAAUUAAA